CUUUUUCCAAACAAAAAAAAAAAAAAAUCAAUUGCAGUUGUAAGAAGACAACACUUCAUCUUCGGGCCAUUGCUUAGUUCUUCUAUAGCGUGCUGCUUUCUAACACACCACUGCUCUAUAAAAUAUUCUUCCCUAACCUGAGAAUCUCAGAGUGAAAACCAGAGAAGAAGAGCAGAGGAAGAAGAUGAAGCAUUUAGGUCUGGUUCUUCUACUGUUAGUUUUAAUCCACCAGCCAUUUUUUCUUCUCAACGUCGUCGCCGGAAAUUGGUUUGUCAGAACCAAAGGAGCUCAGUUUCUACUCAAUGGGAACCCAUACUACGCCAAUGGUUUCAACGCCUACUGGUUAAUGUACAUGGCGUCUGACCCGUCACAGAGGUUUAGGGUUUCAUCUGCUUUCCGUCAAGCCGCGAGUCACGGCCUCACCGUCGCCAGAACCUGGGCUUUCAGCGACGGUGGCUACAGACCGUUGCAGACCGCCCCUGGCUCCUACAAUGAACAGACGUUUAAGGGUUUGGAUUUUGUGGUAGCUGAGGCCAGAAGAUAUGGGAUAAAGCUGAUAUUAAGUUUGGCAAACAACUAUGAGAGCUUUGGAGGGAAGAAGCAGUAUGUGGAUUGGGCUAGAAGUAGAGGACAGUACCUUACAUCUGAGGAUGACUUCUUCAGAAACCCAGUUGUUAAGGGGUUUUACAAGAACCACAUCAGGACUGUUCUUAACAGAUAUAACAGCUUUACCGGAAUUCAUUACAAGGAUGACCCAACAAUUAUGGCUUGGGAGCUAAUGAAUGAACCUAGAUGUACAUCAGAUCCUUCUGGCAGGACAAUUCAGGCUUGGAUAAUGGAAAUGGCUUCUUAUGUGAAAUCAAUAGACAGAAAUCACUUGCUGGAAGCUGGUUUAGAAGGAUUUUAUGGACAAUCAACACCUCAGCGGUUGAGCCUUAAUCCUAGUUUGAAUGUUGGAACAGAUUUCAUAGCAAAUAACCAGAUCCCAGGCAUUGAUUUUGCUACUGUUCACGCAUAUCCUGAUCAAUGGUUAUCCAACUCAAACGAUCAAUACCAGCUUUCCUUCUUGAACAACUGGCUAAGUACCCAUAUUCAAGAUGCACAGUACGUUCUCCGGAAGCCCAUCAUUGUGGCAGAAUUCGGAAAAUCAUGGAAAGAUCCUGGUUAUAGCACGUAUCAGAGGGACCUGACAUUCAACAACGUGUACUACAAGAUAUACUCUUCGGCCAAAAGGGGAGGAGCAGCUGCAGGAGGCCUGUUUUGGCAGCUCCUAAGUGAAGGAAUGGAUUCUUUCCAGGAUGGAUAUGGGAUAGUUCUGAGCCAAGGGUCCUCAACUGCAAAUUUGAUUGCUCAACAGUCUCACAAGCUAGACCAAAUCAGAAGGAUCUUUACCAGGAUGAGGAAUGUAUGGAGGUGGAAGAGAGCAAGAGCAAUUAGGAACAGUCAGUGGCGUGGUGGAAGAAGAGGCAAGAAAAUUGGGAACUGAAGAAAUUGGGAUCUGAUUCAUGCAUACAUAUAUAUCUAAGAAUAUAUAUAUAUAUAUAUAUAUAUAUAUAGAUGUGCAACAAAUUUAGGGUUAAAAAUAUAUUGGAGUGCAGUUGAAGAAGGUUCUUGUCUUCCUAAUUAGUCUUUUCUUUUGGGUGAGAGCUUUCUCCUAGAGAUGAAUCUUGUUCGUCCAGGACGAAAUCAAUCAAGAGUUAUAUCAGUCUUCAUAGUUUCUGCGGCA